UCCACAGAUACAUUGAGAGAGAGAGAGGGAGAGAGGGAUGGCUUUGUAUCUGUUGCUUCAGCUCUUCUGGCUAGCAACAACAGUGGCAUCACAACCUCCAGUAACAACCAAGCCCAGCUGCCCCGACAAAUGCGGGAAUGUUCACAUUCCCUACCCGUUUGGUAUCGGUGAUGGCUGCAACAUUGGCCUAGGAGGCUUCAAUUUCUCCUGCAACGACACUUUUCACCCUCCAAAACCAUUUAAGGGUGGGCUUGAGGUUCUCGACAUAUCAUUACUGUCAGGCCUAAUGAGAGUUUCAUCCUAUAUAAUGUGGAAGUGUUAUGAAAGGACAGGAGAAUGGAAGUCCAGCGCUCCCAUUUGGAUGCAAUUGGCGGAAGGGAACUCGUUCACGUACUCAGAAACCCAUAACAAAUUCACAGCCAUUGGUUGCGAUACCUACGGCUACAUCAAAGGCUUAUCGGGCCGCAACUUCACGAGUGGUUGUAUGUCAUUUUGCAGUGACACUAACAGCGUGAUCAACGGCUCUUGCUCUGGUAUAGGAUGUUGUCAAACCGACAUCCCAAAAGGUUUCAAGUAUUUCGAACUGGCUCUUGGUAGCAUCUCUAAUCAUACGGAUGUCUGGAGUUUCAAUCCCUGCAGCUACGCCUUUCUGGCGGAUCAAAAUAAUUUCAGCUUCCAACCAUCGGACCUGAACGGAUACAAAUUUUGGGAUAGAAGCAAUACCGUUCCAGUUGUGCUUGACUGGGCUAUUGGAAACGAAUCAUGCGAGAAAGCACAGUACUCACCCAACUUCGCUUGUGUGAGUGAGAAUAGCCACUGCUACAACUCGACUAACGGCCUCGGUUACCGGUGCAACUGCACUGAAGGUUACCAAGGAAAUCCUUAUCUCCCUGGAGGGUGCCUAGAUAUCAACGAAUGUGAGGAGGAUCAAGUGAAGAAGCUCUGUGAACAUGAUUGCAUAAAUUUGCCAGGAAAUUAUUCUUGUUCCUGUCGGGAGGGCUACCAUGGACUCUACCUUGAUCAGAGACAUUGCAUUAAAGACACAAAUGAAUUUCCAGUGGUCGCUGUUGUUCUAGGUGUAUGUAUCGGUGUAAGUCUCUUGCUUUUACUCAUUGGUGGUUCUUGGUGGUAUUGGGCAUGGAGGAAAAGAAGGCUCAUCAAACAAAAAGAAAAAUUCUUUCAAGAAAAUGGAGGUUUUCUAUUAGAAGAAAAGCGUCAAUCAUUUGCUGAGAUAUUCAAAAUCUUUACCAGAGAAGAGUUGCAAACAGCCACCAAUAACUAUGACAAAAGCCAAAUUGUUGGUCAGGGCGGUUUUGGUACAGUUUACAAAGGAAUUUUGCGUAACAAUAAGAUGGUUGCCGUUAAAAAGUCAAAAAUAGUGGAUAAGACCCAAAUCGAGCAGUUUAUAAAUGAGGUCCAUAUCUUGUCUCAGAUCAGCCACAGGAAUAUUGUCAAGCUCUUGGGUUGCUGUUUAGAAGAAGAAGUUCCAAUCCUGGUAUACGAAUUUAUUUCCAAUGGAACCCUCUCCCAGCAUAUCCAUGGUGAGGGCUAUGCAUCAUCACUUUCCUUAGAAAACCGUCUAAGGAUUGCUACAGAAACUGCAGGGGCACUUCACUAUUUACACUCCAUAGCUUCUGCACCCAUCUUUCAUAGAGAUGUCAAGUCGGCCAACAUACUUUUGGAUAAUAAUUUCACAGCGAAAGUGUCCGAUUUUGGAGCUUCAAGAUUGGUUCGUCUGGAUCAAACUCAAGUAACGACAUUGGUGAUGGGGACAUGGGGAUACUUAGAUCCAGAGUAUCAUCAAACAGGCCAAUUAACAGCAAAGAGCGAUGUAUAUGGCUUUGGCAUAGUUCUUGUGGAGCUCUUGACGGGUGAGAGGCCCAUUUCUUCCACUAGAUCCGAAGAAUAUAAAAGCCUUUCCAGGUACUUCCUCUCAUCGAUGAAAGAGAAUCGGCUCUUUGAAAUUUUAGAGGACCGAGUUCGAGAUGAAGGGAGAGAAGAAGAGCUCAUGGCAGUUGCUCAACUUGCUAAGAGAUGCCUGAAACUUAAGGGGGAAGAACGACCUACAAUGAAGGAAGUGGUAGUGGAGCUGGAGGGGCUAAGGUCUCAUGAACAUCCCUGGGUACCCAACAAUCAUGAAGAGAUUGAGAUCUUGUUAGGUGAAACUUCACAAGGCCAUGCUAGCAAUGCAACAUAUUCAACAUGUGAAUAUAGUGUUGAUAGCCACACGCUAUCAGCAUUAGAGAUCGGACACUAGCAUGCCCUUUUUUUUUUCUUUUAAAAAAAAAAAUAAAAUAAAAAAGAUGAGUGUAUUCAUUCCUAUUUGUUUCAAUGGUAAUUCUCUAGCAUGUUAUUUUGUUUUCAACAGUUUGGUCAUUUGGCAGCAUGGAAUUCGACGCCCAAAAACAAUAAAUUCUUACAAAUUCCUCGAAUCCACUCUGCCAAACGACCCCUAAAGGGCAUUGAUAUCUUUGCCUGCCUAGAUUGUCUUGAUCAUUCUCACUUUUGUUUUGGGAAUUGAGAUGGAACACUUGUGCUGCUACUCUUCAAUUCCCAAAAUGGAAAAUAAUGUAUGCAAAUCAACCGAUGAGAUUGUAAACUGUGGCUCCCUAUUGUAAUAUGAUAUUUGAAUUUUAGUUAAUG